CCCGGCCCGGCGGCAGGAUUCCUGGUCCCUGACUCUGGGAUCUCCGGGAUGGAGCGCGGGGACGAGCCGUGUGCCCGGGAUCUCCAGGGUGCUGAGGAAAGGGAGCCCCUGGCCGUCACUUGCACAGCAUGUGCAGGAGCGGAGGAGAAUCCCCAGCAGGAAGAGUGUGUGGGAGCGGACCCACACGGGAUGCCUCAGAGCCCCGAGUGGAGAGAUGCUGGCCGGCCAGAAUGGCAGCAGGGAGACCCCGUGGAGGAGAGACCUGAUGAGUGUGAAGCAUAUGGGAUCCCUGAAAACAUCAUUAUUCUGGAAACCACCUACAUGGGAGAGAGACCCUAUAAAUGCCUGGUCUGUGGGAAAUCCUUCAGCCAGAGCUCCCACCUUGUCCAGCACCAGCGGAUCCACACGGGGGAGCGACCCUACAACUGCCCCGACUGCGGGAAGAGCUUCAGCCAGAGCUCCCACCUCGCCCAGCACCAGCGCAUCCACACCGGGGAGCGGCCCUACCAGUGCGUUGAAUGCGGGAAGAGCUUCAACCGCAGCCACACGCUGGCCAAGCACGUCCGCACCCACAUGGGCUCGCAGCCCUACAUCUGCCCUGAGUGCGGGAAGAGCUUCAGCCUCAGCUCCCUCCCUCAGCACCUGCGAUCCCACUUGCCAGGGAAGCUCUACACCUGCUCCGAUUGUGGGAAGGGCUUCAGCAGCAGCUCCAACCUGGCCCAGCACCAGCGCACCCACACGGGCGAGCGGCCCUACAAAUGCUCGGACUGCGGGAAAGGCUUCAGCCAGAGCUCCAACCUGGUGAAGCACCAGCGCACCCACACGGGGGAGAAGCCCUACAAGUGCACCGAGUGCGGGAAGUGCUUCACCCAGAGCUCCACCCUCAUCCAGCACAGGCGGAUCCACCGGGGCGAGCGCCCCUACAAGUGUCCCGAGUGCGGGAAGAGCUUUGGCCUCAACUCGUCGCUGGGGAAGCACCUGCGCAUCCACACCGGGGAGCGGCCCUAUGAGUGCACGGAGUGCGGGAAGAGCUUCAACCUGAGCGCCAACCUCAUCCAGCACCAGAGGAUCCAUCGAGGAGAGCGGCCCUACAAAUGCCCUGAGUGUGGGAAGUGCUUCAAUCUGAAGUCCACUCUGGUCAAACACCUGCGCACCCACACAGGAGAGAGACCCUAUAAAUGCACCCAGUGUGGGAGGAGUUUCAUCGACAGCUCCAAGCUCAGCAAACAUGCCAGGACCCACGCGGCAGAGAAGUCUCCCCAGGAGGUGCAGUAAGAUCCUGCGUAGCUCUGUCUUGGCCCUGGCGUGACGGCUGCUGGAAUAGUGGUGCUAAUUCUGGUGCCCACAGUUCAAGAAGGAUGUUGAUAAAUUGGAGAGGCGUCGGAGAAGAAGGAUUAUGAGGGGUCACUAGAAUGAUGAAAGGAUUGGAAAACCUGCCUUAUAAUGGUAGACUGAAGGAGCUCAAUCUAUUUAGCUUAACAAGGAGCAGGUUAAGGGGUGACUUGGUUACAGUCUAGAAGUAUCUCCAUGGGGAACAAAUCACUCUUCAGUCUAGCAGCGAAAGGUCCGACUCGAUCCAAUGGCUGGAAGUUGAAGCUAGACAAAUUCUGACUAGAAACAAGGCACAAUUUUUUAACAC